AAGACUAGAGAAGGUAGAGAAGGAGAAUAACAAGCUUAAAAGUAUGAUUGAAGAGAAAGAGAGGAAAGUAGAGAAAAUACAUAAGAGAUAUGAGGAGAAUGAUGGAAUGUUGAAAGAGAUGGAGCAGAGAAGCACAAUGAGAGAAAAGGAGACAGAAGAGAGACAUAUGGAGUAUGAGCGAGAGAAAGAGGCCCUCAAACAAAUGUGUGUGGAGAACGACAGAGCAUUGGAUCAGAUGGAGAAGAAGCAUAAAACAGAAAGUAAAGAACUGAGAGACAAGAUAGAAAACCUGGAAAAGAGAACGUUUGAAAAAGAAGAGGAGUUGAAUGCCACAAUAGCUGAUUUACAGAAACCGCUACAGGAGAAUAAACACAGGUAUGAAAGGAAAGAAGGGGAGAUAUCAAAACUUGAGAGAGAUGUAGCGGAGUUUAACCAUCAGAAUAAAGUGAGAGAAGAGGAGUUGAAUGCCACAAUAGUUGUUUUACAGAAGGAGUUACAAGAGAAUAAACAAAUGAAUGAAAUGAAAGAAAGGCAGGUUUCAAAGCUUGAGAGAAAGGUAACAGAGAUUAAGCAUGAGAAUAACGUGAGUGAAGAAGACAUGAUCAACCAUCUGAAGAUUAAGGAGGAUCGAAUGCAACUACACAGAGAGGAAUCUACAGCACCUGCAGACAUGGUGGACACCUCUUAUCUAAAGACUCAACAUAGACAUUUGAGAAAGACACAGAUGUUGUCACAGAAGGAAGAGGAGAGGCAGAGGGACACAGCAGGACGAGAGCAGAGUGUUGGAGAUGAACAGGGAGUAGCACCAUGGCUGAAGGUUGGGGCAGCAGUACUGGGGGCAGUGGUUGGGGCCAUGGCUUGCUCUGUGAGGGCACCACUAAGGGCAGCCACAGGGACAACUAUAGGGGCUGCAGCAGGGUCUCUACUGGGGAGUUUACUGAUACGAGGUGAAGAGGCCAGAGAGAAGAAAAUGGAGUCUGAUUCCCCUGAUUAGCCAUUGAAACAGAUGGCCCAGCACAUUGUAUAAUCUGUUUGAGAAGCAGAAUUGUAGUUCUGUAAAUAGUUUUAGGGAGACCCCUACUGGUAAAAGGAGCAGCUAACGUCUUUGCAUAAAGGGAUAGUUCGCCCAAAUUACAUAUGGUUUCCUAAUUACCUUGGGUGACUGUCCCAAACUUUUCGUAGUCCGUAGCGCUAA